AUGGGCCUCCUGUGCCGCCCGCCCCUGGUGCUGCUGCUCGCCCUCGGCGCCGCCCCGGCGGCGGUGCACGCCCGCGGUGCCCUGCACGCCCGCCUGGCCGCGGAGCCCGCUGAACCGCCAGCCGAAGGGGCGCGCUGGCGGCUGCGGAGCAGGGCGGAGGGGGGACCGGUGCCGCGGGCUGCCCUGUCGCACCUAUCCCGGCGACAGGCGCAGGGAGUGGACGUGACGGCUCCGACGGCGACGGCGAGGGAGCCGGGAACGGAGGCGACGCGAGGCUGCUGCGCCGCCGUGCAGCAUCCGCCGACGCUCCCCACAUCGCUCGCUGGUGGCAGCCUGCCGCCUCUGCCAUCGGUGCCAGACUUCCCGAAGCUCGAUGGCGAUGCCACUGGCGACGUGAAGGUUGGCGUGCGCUUCAACCCAGAGGUGGAGUGCAAGCAGUGCUCAGCGGCGGCGCCGGCGGAGGCGCCUGCAGCUGCGACCGCACGUGGUGCUCCUGCGCGCGAGGGCGCCGGGAACAGUCAGGAAGUUCUUCAGCAUGAUGGUGCCGAGAACCUGGCCGAAUGCGAUGAGCUCACCUUCGGCGCCGCCUCGGACCUAUUGGCCCAACUCGAUGCCGAUGGUGCCGCCCAUCUUCCACUUUUUCUCCGGGAUUCGCGCGAGGUGACCAUGGAGUCCAGCUACGACCCGCUGGUCCUCACGGCCGAGCCGAGCACGCAGUUCCGGAGCCUCUUGCGGCAUGCCGUGGGUGUGUCGCGCCAGGCUGGUCUCGCUGUCGAGCCCAAGAGUCUGGUGAUGUGCAUGCUGAGGGAAGGCGUCAUUGAAGUGGCCUCUGCCGCGAAAAAGGCAACUUUCCAGAGCAUUUUGGAGCAGGCAGCGCCCGCGUCCUUCGUCUUCAUCUCGGACCUCAUCUCAUUGGGGAUCUGGCCGCCGCCAGAGCCGGUGGGCGACGCCCCCGAGAAGAAGGACGGCUCCUACAGCUCCAAGGCGGAAGCGUGCUCGGCGUGCAAGCAUGCGGCCACGGGCUCCUGCGCCAUGUACAGGACCUGCCUCUGCUACGCCGCGAACGCCGUCUUCGAGACGCCGGGCAUCCCUGCACCGACCGACAGGACGAACUACCACUGGACGUGCGGCAACGAGGGGGGCGACAAGUACGAGAUUUGCUUCAAGUCCGACCCGAAGUAUACCGACAACUUCGGGGACGCGUUCGACGUGAACAAGCCAAAGUGCCCCGUGUGA